AGUGAAAGUAGUUAAGACUUGGUAAAUAAAUUCGCUUCCACCAUACAACCUGUUUAAAUAUCUAAAGCGCAGUGUCGAGUUUAUUCACACAACGCUCUCAACACUUCGCGACUUGUUGAGGCCCAAUAAUGCUUCAAAUAAGUUUCGUUGUCAUUAUAGUGACCUUGUUCUGUGAAAUUGUAAACGGAAAUGCAACGGAUGUUACAAACAGCUAUACAAAUAUCACAGAUGUAAUUAACCUAGAAGAAAAUGAGCGAAACGACAUUGCAUCACAAUUAUUAAUCGACAGAAUAAAGAUGGGAAAUUUUUCUAUAUUUUCACCGAACGCAAGGCAAGAAAGUAGUGAAGAGGAAGAUGAACCAACACCAAAUAGAAGGUGUACUUGCGCUUUAGGUGUUUGUAAAUGUUGUACCGGGCCUGUGUUGGACCUUUUCAAUCAAAAAGCAUGUAUGAAAGUUACAUAUCAUCCAGGUGAUUUUGCAUUCGAUGUAGCAAUGUCCCUAAACGACCGAACCCUUUACGAAAACUCAAUGUCAGGUAAAAAUCCACGGCCUAUUUGUAUUAAUCCACCGAGAAUGCCCAAUUUAAAAGUGUGCGCACGAUUUUAUAACGUAUUUUUUCCUGGAAGAAACUUUCAUUUCUGCUUAGGGAUGACUGGAAGAUGGAGGGCCUUGGAAUUAUUUAAUCUAACCUUUGAUUGUUUAAGAAUGGGAGCAAAUGGAUUAGCAAUGAUAAAGCCAGAAGAAAAUGGUGGUCUACACGUUCCGAAUCCGCAUGGUGGUGUGGACGCCGUAAUAGAUGCUGGUGAAGAUGAUAUAGAAGAAUACGAUGAACAAAACAUAGUUCGAUCACUCCUAGAAAUAUUCGAUAGAUAAUCCCCCAUACAAUAAAAUCGCGAGUGUUAAGACUUUAAUUACGUACAAUAAAUUAUUUAUUCAAAACAA